UUAUAAAAAUCUCUGUUGGGAAAUGCAUUAUAAGAACUUGUGACACAGAGGUUUUAUGCAUUCUUACAGAGGUUAACCAACAGCUCACAUUACUCACAACAGCUCAUUUGACUACUCAUAACUCAAAAGUAGACAAUGAACCGAUGUAAUAGACACUGCAGAUGUUGUAGUGAGAAAUUUUCUCAUCGGCCAUGGUUUGGUUUCAUGAGUCAUUCGGAAGACAUGUCUCCUCCAACACCUCCUGUCCUCCCAGAAUUUGAUACAACAUGGAGGGCAGUGACUUGGAGUGAAGCCAACAAAGAAAAGAUGUUGAAAAAACUGAAGGAAUUCCAGUUAAGAACUCCAGAAGUCAAUUAUCUCAGAAUUCUGCUUCAUGGCCCAGUUGGAGCAGGAAAGUCCAGCUUUAUCAACUCUGUCAACACCGUCCUCCAAGGCUAUAACACAGCUGGUGCACUGGUAGAUGCAGCAACUGGUAAAAGCUUCACUACCAAGUUCAAAAUCCAUAGGCUGAAGAAAGAUGGACCAGGAUCUUACUAUCCAUUUGUCUUCUCUGACAUUAUGGGUCUGGAACAAGGCCAUUCAGAAGGGGUCCACACAGAUGAUAUAAUCAGCAUAUUAGAGGGUCAUGUGAGAAAUGGUUACAUAUUCAAUCCUGUUUGUCCACUUGCUAAAGACAACCCAAACUACAACAGCAACCCCAGCCUGAAACACAGAGUUCACUGUCUGGUGAGUGUUGUACCAGCAGACAAAAUCUCCCUCGCCUCUGAUGAAGUGAUCCAGAAGAUGAGAACUGUUCGGGAAAAAGCUCGUAACUUGGACAUACCUCAAGUGGUCAUCAUGUCCAUGGUGGAUAAAGCAUGUCCACUAGUUCAAGAGGACCUGAAAAAGAUCUACACCAGCAAGAAAAUCAAAGAGAAGAUGCAGGAGUGCAGUGACAAACUGGGGGUCCCAAUGAACUGUAUCUUCCCUGUGAAGAACUACCACGAGGAGGUUACCAAUGACUUACAAUUGGAUGUCUUGAUUCUGAUGGCAAUGACGAAUAUCAUUAUGUUUGCCAAUGACUUUGUAGAGGAGCAGAUUUGCAUAGAUAUUGAAUAA